AGUUGAACCGGAAGUGAAAGUUUCCCGGAGGUCGCUGACUAGCUGUGGAGUUUGUUGUUGUUUCAGCUGCCUCCGCAGGCUAACUUGGCUGUUAUCUUUCUGUGUGGUGGAGGUGAAGGUGGAGGUGAUGAGCUUCGUGGUGUUCAGCAGAGCAGGUUUGAAGCCGCAGCAGAGACGGACAGCCUCCGGUUGAAGCUCGGUGCCUCGCCCAGCAGCUCAGCUAGCUUCCCCGCUUCAGUGCAUUAAGCUCAGCCUGAACCUGCUGUCACCUAAAGGGAUGCCUUUGAGGUCUGUCUGUUGAAGCUUCAUGAUGGCAGGAUCUCAGUGGGAACUCCCCCCAGAGCUGUGCUGUCGGCCCAUGGCCUUCGUGGCUUUGACCGGACUGGAUGUGAUCUACAACGCCGUGCAUCGGGCCAUCUGGGACGCGUUCUGUGCCAAUCGCCGCGCGGACAGAGUGCCCAUCUCCUUUAAGGUUCUUCCAGGAGACCACGAGUAUCCCAAAUGUCGCACUAAGAGAACGUCAUACGAGUGGUACAUCCCUAAAGGCAUCCUGAAGACCGGCUGGAUGAAUAAACACCUAAACCUGGUCCCGGCUCUGGUGGUUCUGUUCUACGAGCUGGACUGGGACGACCCACAGUGGAAAGAGAAACAGUCAGAAUGUGCAACUAGAGUAGAGAUCGUCAGGACCAGUCUUCAGGGCAGGAACACCAAAGUGGCGGUGGUUUUAAUUCAAAAGAAGACUCCUCUCCCUCCAGGGGAGGAUCUGGUGGCAUCAGAGCGAGCUUCAGCUCUUUGUAACUCCUGUGAUCUGUCCGGCAAGAGCCUGUUUGUUCUGCCUCACACUGACCACCUGGUCGGCUACAUCAUCAGGCUGGAGAACGCAUUCUAUGAACACGCUCAGACGUACUACUACACAGAGAUCCGACGGGUCAAAUCCCAUAAAGAGUUCCUCAACAAGACAACUCACCAGCUGCUGUUUGUCCGACACCAGUUUAAAAUGGCGUUCCUCAGUGAGCUGAAGCAGGACACCCAGAACGCUCUCAAGUACUACAGAGCUGCGUACAGUCUGGUGCAUGAGCUCAGAGCCCAUGAGACCAACAUGCUGGAGAUCAAAACCAUGGCAGGAUUCAUCAACUAUAAGAUCUGCCGUCUGUGUUUCCAGCACAACACGCCUCUGGACGCUAUAGCUCAGUUCAGGAAGCACAUCGACCUGUGUAAGAAGAAGAUCGGCAGUGCUGAGCUGGCCUUUGAGCACUCGGCGUGGAUGUCUAAACAGUUCCAGUCUUUCGGCGAGCUGUUCGAUGAGGCGAUAAAGUUGGGUCUGACCGCCAUCCAGACCCAGAACCCAGGUUUCUAUUACCAGCAGGCCGCCUGCUACAGCCAGGACCGGAAGCAGAUGGCCCAGCAGCUCUGCCAGGCUGGAACCACCUACCCUUCCCCUGACCCUCUGGACACCCAGAGUGGAGGACUGGACUUCUACGGCCAGAGGCCCUGGAGACAAGGACACCAGAGUAUUGAUCCAACUGAUCCAGAGAAGGAGAAGAUGGGGAUUCUGGCUCUGCAGAUUAAAGAGAGAGACGUCCCCCACUCGGAGUUGAUCAUUGCUCUUCUCAGCAAUGCUGUUGCCCAGUUUAAGAAGUACAAGUGUCCUCGGAUGAAGAGUCACCUGAUGGUGCAGAUGGGAGAGGAAUACUACCAUGCUAAAGACUACACCAAGGCCCUGAAGUUGCUGGACUAUGUGAUGUGUGACUAUCGCACAGAGCGAUGGUGGCCUCUGCUGACGGCCAUACUGACCACGGCGCUGCGCUGUGCUUAUCUGAUGGCCAGUGUGAAGGACUACAUCAUCUACUGUAUGGAGCUGCUGGGCAGAGCUUCUACCCUGAAGGAGGAGCAGAAGUCAAGGAUAGAGAAGAACCUUUUUAAGGUGCUAAUGAACAAGGUUCCAGAGGCUGAGGCAGAGUGUGAUCCGUCUUCUGUCAGCACCGCCAGGUCGCUUUGGAGCGACCGCAUGGCUUUGUCAGGAUCCAAUGAACUGACCGUGGAAAUGCAGGACUACAUCCCAUUCAUUCAGUGCAAAGCGCGGUUCCAGUCUCCUAGCUUCCACGUGGACCAGCCCAUCCAGCUGCAGGUGUUCCUCAGGGCUGACUGUCCGCACCCUGUGUCCUUCACUAAGCUCAGCGUCAGCCUCAGCAACCAGGAAUACAACCAGUGGUGUGUGGUGGAACCAUCGGGUCCAGAGACCAGGACGCUGUCACCAUGGAAACCUGAAGGCUACAGCUUCAGCUUUGUGGCCAGAACUGAAGACGUGGGGCGGAAGGUGGAGAUUACCGGUGUGGAGGUGAUGCUGGGCAGUGACGGCGGCCGCUGCGUGUUCCUGAGCUGGAGAGGUGCUGGUGGAGAUGCCGCCUCCACUCAGGAAGCCCUGCAGGCCAGCAGGUCGUCACGGCGAUGGGGGCGGGGCGCCGAGACCCGUCAGGAGCCGGACUGGGACAGCGUGACGCUGCAGCACAGCACCAUGAUCAUCUCCAGGGUCCCGAAGAUCAGCGUCCAGCUGAGCCACCAGCCUCCUGCUCUGUCCAACGAGAUGUACCGCAUCGGCCUGACCGUCCAAUCACAGGAGGACGCUGUAGCCAGGGAUGUUAGGCUCACCGCCGGUCUGAAGCCAGGUCAGGAGGCCGGUCUGGGUCAGAACACCCAUGUGACGCUGGACGGGUCGGCCGUGUGUGACGACAGCGCCCCGGCUCUGCUCACCGAGGUUCCUCUGGGCGAUCUGAAACCAGGAGAACAGCUGCAGACGUGCGUGUUUGUGAGGUGCGUGUCGACCGGGCCGCGGGUCUUCCUGUUCCACGUGGCCUACAGCAUCGACACGGCUGUGGAAGGACGGCGCAUCGUGUGCAGAUGUCACAAGGAUGAGACAGUUGCUGUAGAGACCGUGGUCCCGUUUGACGUCUCAGUGAAGUUCGUUUCCACCAAGUUCGAACUGCUGGAGCAGGUGGCGGUGGAUGUCCCCUUCCUGCUGAUGACCGACGUCCUCUCGUCUUCUCCAUGGCCUCUGCUGCUAGGCUCCUCCCAGCUGCAGCUGCUGACGGUGACCAGCAACACUCCUCAGCUGCAGUCGCAGCUUCAGCAAGUGGUUCUGCAGACGGGUGAAGGAGCCAGUGAGUGUUUCUGUCUCCGAGUUCCACCGGGCGCCAGCAGCAACAGCACCAUGGCAACAGGACAGUACAUCCUCUCAUGGAGGAGGAAGUGUUGUGGUUCCGACGGCCCCCUGAUCCAGACCACCGUCCCUCUGCCUCAUGUCGUCCUGGAGUCUGUCCCGCUCUACAUCUACGCCGAUCUUCCUUCCUUUGGACGGGUCAGAGAGUCUCUUCCGGUCUGGUACCACAUAGAGAACAGGACGGCCCAGCUGCAGGAGGUGGAGAUCGCUGUGGAUCCAUCAGACGCAUUCAUGUUCUCUGGACUCAAACAGGUGCGGCUCCGUGUGCUGCCCGGUACCGAGCAGACCCUACUGUAUAACUUCUACCCGCUGAUGGCGGGCUACCAGACGCUGCCACAGCUCAGCCUCAGCCUGCCGCACUGCCCCACCGCCAGCGGCACCGCGCUCAGACGCUUCCUGCCACAGCGCAUCUUCGUUAAGCCUCAGGGUCGGCAGGCGGACGACGCCUCCAUCGCUGCAGCCUGAGGAACAUCCCCGACACGGAGGACUCGGUCAGUAACACUAUCCAUCACCAUGUUGGACCCAGCAGCAGCGCCGUGGUUCUGGAAGGACCGGAACCGGAUGAGGGAUGCCGGUCCUGAAGUCAGCUGCCUGUUUGAUGUUUGCAUGUCAGCUGUGAACAUGUCAUGGAGGAGAGAAUAAAUAUUUAACA